GUCUCUAUUGACAACACUGGUUCUAAGUUUUAACGAAGAUAUGUUUCUAUGUUUUCUAUGUUAUUAACAUGGCUAUUUUUUUAAAAAGCUUUAUAUACCACCAUUUUUUUAUGAUAUAUCCAAUCAGCGCUUAACAAUACAUUGCACAAGUCACUGUUUCUUUUUACUUAUUCCUUUUUUUUAUAUUGAUAAUAAAUGUAAUUUUAUAAUGUUUAAAUGCGUGUAUCAAUUCUUCGAACAUAACAAAUUGGCGACGAGGAUAAAAAAAAGAUUAAUCAACAUUCAGAACCAUCAAAAGAAAAGCAUCAAGUCAACAAUCAUAAAAACAGUAAAAUGUCUGCUGAUAUGGAUAAACUUUUGCAAGCAAUUACCAGCAUGACCAAUGCUCUGCAGGAACAACAACAGCAACAACAACAGCUUCAACAAUCAAACAUAACCAGCGUCAAUGUCAUUUCAAAUUUUGAUCAAUUCGACCCUAAAACAGAAUCAUUCGAUGUUUAUAAAGAACGAUUGGAAAAUUAUCUGCAAUUGAAAGGCGUUUUCGGAAACAAAGAGAUGUGUGCAAAAUUAUUGCUGCAGUAUGUGGGUGCAUCAAAUUAUUCAACACUAGCAACAUUAGUCGCUCCAACACCGAUCAACCAACUAUCCUACGACAGUAUUAUAUUCCAUUUGAAACAACAUUUCUGUCCUAAAAAAAAUAUUCUUGUGCAACAACACAAGUUUUUAAAUGAAAUACAAAAUGAAGAUCAGAGUAUUUCUGAUUUUAUUGCUGUUUUACAGGAAAAGGCGGCGAUGUGUCAUUUUGUGUGUAGUUGUAACAAAUCAGUUUCGGAUAUAUUUUGUCGAGCGCAGUUUAUAAGAGGAAUCCGAGAUAAUAGCAUUCGUGAAAAAUUGCUGCAAAAACCCGAAGACACAUUUGUGCAAAUUUGUGAAAAGGCGAAGGCGUUGGAGGCAGCGAAAAUAAAUAAUAAUGAAAUUAUGCAGAGUUCUUCAACAAGCGAGGUAAAUAAAAUAAAACAAAAACAAUCCGCAACAAGUACCCGAUACCAAAAAAGUAAUCGAUACGCAUCAUCGUCAUCAACAGUUAAUUAUCGACAACUAGGUCUUGAAGGGAUGUGCUUACGAUGUGGGCGAAACAAUCAUCGAUCAAAUGAAUGUAAAAUAAACAAAAACAAUCUAAAAUGUUCUUUUUGUAACAAAACAGGUCAUGUGAGACAAGUAUGCAUAAAAUCGAAAUUUAAACAAAAUUCAUCAUAUAAUGCAAUACAAUCGUGUUCAUCUGAUGACGACUACUGUGAGGAUGAUGAUAAUUUUGGUAUCCAUCAAAUAGUCGAUAUUUACAACAAAUCAGAAAUUCCACCACCAGAAUUGCAAAAAUUUUUCGCAACGGUUUCAAUCGACGGGAGGAAGCAAGUUUUCGAAGUAGACUCUGGUGCCGGCUACACUCUCAUACCAAAGAACGAUUUUGAAAAACUCAAAUUAAAUUUAAAGCUUCAAAAAACCAAGAUAGCAUUUCGCGCUUAUCCGGGGGAUGUGUUUAUACCUCUGGGUGUAGUGGAUGUUAAUGUCCAAUAUAAAAACAGGAAGUCCAGAGAGAAAAUGUUUGUUGUGGACGCUAGACACUCUGCGUUGCUUGGCCGUGUAUGGAUAAGGCAUCUUAAAAUUGAUCUUAGAGAAGUAGACCAAGACUGUUUGAAGGUAAAUACAGACAACAACGUAUGUAUAAACUCAAUAAGUGAAAUAACGCAAAAGUUCUCAAAAGUUUUCCAGCAGAAAGUGGGGUGUAUUCCCAAUUUAAUAUGUUCAUUAAAAUUGCAGGAAGGGGCAAAGCCAGCUUUUUUAAAGGAAAGGCAAGUUCCAUUCGCUCUUCGUGAAAAAGUAGAGCAAGAACUCGACACAUUAGAAAACGAGGGUAUAAUUUCAAAAGUUAACACCAGUAAUUGGGGUUCGCCACUGGUUGUCAUACCAAAACCUGAUGGGAAUGUGCGGUUAUGUGUUGACUACAAGCUCUGCGUCAAUCCCCAAUUGGAGCCUGCUCACUAUCCAAUAAAGCGAAUAGAUGAAAUAUUCAACACAUUGAAAAAUUCCAAGUAUUUUUGUAAGCUGGAUCUAUAUAAAGCGUAUUUACAUGUAGCAGUGGAUGAUGAAAGCAAAAUAAUUCAAACAAUUUCUACACACAGAGACCAAAUUCUACGAGGCCUUGAAGGUACCACAUCUUAUUUUGAUGACAUAAUUGUGCACGGUCCAACCAAAUCCCUGUGUGAGCAGCGACUUAUUGAAUGCUUGGAACGCCUGCAGACAUAUAAUCUACACGUUAACAAGGACAAAUGUGAGUACUUUAAAGAACAAAUACAAUACUUAGGAUAUGUAAUAAGCCAGAAUUCAAUAUCCAAAUGCCCAUCAAAAACAGAAGCCAUGGCAAAACUUCCACGUCCCAAAAAUGUAGACGAGGUGAGAAGAUUUUUGGGAAUGGUUACGUAUUAUUCGCGAUUUAUUCCGAAUAUGGCUACCAUUACACAUCCACUUAGAAGUCUACUGGAAAAAGGAAACAAAUUUGUAUGGUCAAAGCAAAGUGAAGAAGCUUUUAUUAAGCUGAAGCAAGAAAUUUUGCAUGAGCGAGUUUUAGUACCAUACGACCAGUCACUGCCAUUGAUCCUUAUAUGUGAUGCAAGUCCCACAGGAGUUGCAGCAGUACUGUCACACAUAGUAGAUGGUUGUGAAAGACCAGUUGCGUUUAUUUCCAGAGCUUUAACAAAAGCUGAACAAAAUUAUAGUCAACUCGACAGAGAAGCUCUGGCAAUCAUUUUUGCUGUUGACAAAUUAUUUAUGUAUUUACAUGGUCGAGAAUUUACACUUGUGACUGAUAACCGUCCACUUUCGAGAAUUUUUCACCAGCAUGCUAAAACGCCAGCGAUGACCUCACAAAGAUUAUUGCGAUAUGCUUCUUUUCUACAAGGAUUCAAUUACAAACUUGAGCAUCGCAAAGCCGAUCAAAUAGCACAUGUAGAUUGUUUAUCAAGAGCCCCUUUAUCAGCGUCUUCAAAGUUUUUACAUUUUCUUGAUAAAGAAACAAAAGAUAUCCAAGAUCAAACUAUAAAUGAAAUUUCAUCAAUUUCAAUAACGGCAACAUCGAUUGCAAAAGAAACCCAGAACGACGAUGAAUUCAAAAAUUAAAGGAAUCGCUAUUGAAUGGCGGAAAUACAGAUCCUGAGUAUUCUAUACAAGAUGGCGUUUUAUUUAAGGGAACUCGUGUUAUGAUUCCUGCUACAUUACGCGAUGCAGUGCUACGUGAAUUACACCACACACAUAUUGGCGUUGUAAGAAUGAAGCAGCUAGCCAGAAAGUAUUGUUUUUGGAAGGAGAUCGACUCUGACAUUGAAACAUUGGUAAAAUCGUGCCCUGAUUGUGCUAUGAUACGAAGAUGCCCCCCAAAGGUGGAAACACACAAAUGGGAGGACCCAAUCGAAAAUUUUCAAAGAGUGCAUAUUGACUACGCAGGUCCUUUCCAAAAUCAUUAUUUUCUUGUGUUAGUUGACGCAAAAUCGAAAUGGCCUGAAAUAAAGGUAAUAAAACAAGCUCCAACUUCGGAUAUCACGAUAUCAUUAUUACAAAGCAUAUUUUCAACACAUGGUCUUCCCCAAAUUAUGGUAUCUGACAACGCUACAAUUUUUCAAAGUGCCGUAUUUAGAACUUUUUGCGAGAACAACGGUAUUAUCCAGAAAUUUAUUGCACCGGGGCAUCCAGCUACUAAUGGACUUGCGGAAAGACAUAUUCAAACCUUGAAAAGGAAGCUAAAAGCGAUGCAAAACGAAAAGUUACCAUUACGCCUCAAAGUGCAGGAAAUAGUUACCAGAUAUAGAGCAACUCCGCUUUCAAAUGGCAAAAGCCCUGCAAACUUAUAUCUAGGACGUGACUUACGUAUAAAAUUAGACUCAAUUCGCCCAACAAAAUUGAAGAAAUCUGAAGUGGUCAACCCAAAAGUUCGAAAAUUAGGCGUUGGAGAGAGGGUCCAAGUUCGUUGGUUUAGCAAAGGAGUCCCGACUUGGAAGUUCGGUACCGUUCUGCAAAAACUUGGGAAUAUUCACUACAGCAUUAAACUUGACAAUAAUUAUAUUCUUAAAAGACAUAUUAAUCAAUUGUAUAAGUCCAUGGUUUAUGAUCAAAAUCAACCCACUUUAGUUACAGGAAAUCCACCACAGAAGGAACCUCAAAUUGAAGAAGUCAUAAUCCAGCGGAAUCAGACACAACCUCAACCCCCCAGCGAAUCGCAGC